AUGAGAGUACUUCUCUAUUGUUUCGCGGUUAUUCUACUUGAAUGCUUCAUUGUGGGCUCUGCGAAAAUUCUAGUCUAUUGUCCAUCCAUUAGCAAAAGCCACGUAAUUCUGUGUGCUAAGUAUGCCGACGUUUUACACAAUGCUGCACAUGACACGGUGCUAUUUAUCCCUUCCUACUCAUCUGCGCUGAACAACUUUGACGGUGCGAAACAUGCCAACGUAUGGAGACUUCACAACGUCACCCAUGCGUACGACGCCAAGUUGGAUUCGUUGGCCAACGUGAUGGAAGACUCGCAUAUUGGAUUCCUGGAUCGUCUCACUUAUGAUGUCGACUUCUGGAUGGAAAUGUGUGAAGAUCUUGCAAGACAACACCAUCGAAUGCAACAUCUUAUCGACUAUGGAUUUGAUCUUGCCCUCUUCAACGACAUCGACCCUUGCAACUCGGCUAUUAUAAGGUCUCUCAACAUCUCCAAGACGGUGCUACUCUCCAGCGAGGCCAUCAUGGACAAGAUUGCAUGGGACCUAGGACUACCCAUGCUGCCGUCCUAUGUGCCCAGUAUAGAGGAGAACCCAAACCACGAUCGUAUGAACUUCUUGGAGCGGAUGUCCAAUGCAUAUAAAUAUUUUCAAUCCCUUGUUGUCCAUUAUCUCCAAGAAAGACGUGUUCUUCAUAUAUUCCGGAAAUAUAUUGCUGAUGAUUUCCCACCAAUCAUGGAAAUGCUCAAAAAUGUAUCGCUCGUGUUUGUCAAUACAGAUGAGACUUUCGACAUUGCACGAUCUUAUUCACAGAAGUUUGUUUACGUCGGAAUGCUUGGCGCCGAGAAUUCUGCAAAUGAAACACUUCCAAAAAAGCUUGAUGAGUAUUUUAGCAAAGGGAAAGCAGGAUCCAUAUUUGUCUCGUUUGGUACUGUUACACCAUUUCGUGCAUUAACACAACAGGUUCAACAAUCAGUUUACAAUGCAGUUCAAAAACUUCCACAUUAUCACUUUGUCAUCAAAACUGCUCUCGACGACAUUAGUACAGCUGAAUUAUUUGCUGAUGUUCCGAAUGUUGAUCUGGUGGAUUGGGUCCCACAAUCUGCAAUACUAAAUCACCCGAAUCUUAAAGUGUUCGUAUCUCAUGGAGGAAUGAAUAGUGUUCUUGAAACUAUGUACCAUGGAAUACCAAUGGUUAUCAUGCCAGUGUUUACGGAUCAAUUUAGAAAUGGGAAGAAUGUAGAACGUCGGGGAGCUGGAAAAAUGGUUCUUCGUCAUCUGGUAGUUAAUGAAACAUUUUUCGAUGUUAUAAAUGAGGUUUUGACAGACGAGAGUUACACAACAUGUGCCAAACGAGUAUCGAAGUUGAUGAAAAGUCGUCCAUUUACUUCAGAGGAACGAGUGACAAAGUGGGUUGAUUACGUACUAGAUCAUGAAACUUCUGAGCAUUUCAACCUGGAAAUCAAUAAUCUGACUCUCAUUCAGCAAUAUUAUAUUGAUAUUCUAUUUGUUUACACUAUUCUUCCAUUGUUCUCACUUGCAAAAAUCCUGACAUAUUGUCCUUCGAUCAGCAAGAGCCACGUUUUGGUCUGUGCUAAAUAUGCCGAUGCUUUACAUAAUGCUGGACACGACUCGGUGCUGUUCAUACCUACUUACGCAGAAGCUCUAAACACCUUUGACGGUGCAAAACAUGCUAAAGUAUGGAGGAUGCUUAAUGUUACCGCUGCAUACGACACCAAGUUCGAUUCGUAUGCCAGUAUCAUGGAAGACACUCAUAUUGGAUUUCUUGAUCGCAUGUUAAACGAUGUUUACUUCUGGAUGGACAUGUGUGAAGACAUCCUCAAACAAUUUCAUCGUUUACAAUACCUAGCCGAUUACAAAUUCGAUAUUGGAAUCUUCAACGACGUGGACCCUUGUAAUCCGGCAAUAGUAAAAGCUCUCAACAUAUCAAAGACAAUUUUAUUGUCCACGGAGCCUCUUAUGGAUAAGAUCGCUUGGGAUCUAGGACUACCAAUUCUACCAUCUUACGUUCCCAGUAUGGAAGAAAAUCCAAACCACGAUCGAAUGGGAUUUUUUGAGCGAAUGUCCAAUGCGUAUAAAUAUUUCCAAUCAAUUGUUAUUCAUUAUCUGCAAGACUGGAAAAUGGCCAAUCUUUUCCGAAAUUACAUUUCUCCGGAUUUCCCAUCAAUUAUGGAAAUCAUCCGGAACGUAUCAGUGGUUUUUGUCAAUACGGAUGAAAUGUUUGACAUAACAAGAUCGUAUUCUCAGAAAUUCGUUUUUGUCGGAAUGCUUGAAGCCGAAAAAUCAAAGAAUGAAACACUUCCCGAGAAGCUGAACGAAUAUUUUAGCAAAGGCAAAUUAGGAUCUGUUUUUGUUUCCUUUGGAACUGUGACUCCGUUCCGUGUCCUACCCGAGCGAAUUCAACUAUCAGUUUUUAAUGCGAUUCAAAAACUGCCUGAUUAUCAUUUUGUGGUCAAAACUGUCAUUGAUGAUACCACUACCGCUGAACUGUUCGCUGGCGUACCAAAUGUUGAUCUAGUGAACUGGGUACCACAAACUGCUAUAUUAAAUCACCCUAACCUGAAAAUGUUUGUUUCUCAUGGAGGAAUGAAUAGCGUGCUGGAAACAAUGCAUCAUGGAAUACCAAUGGUUAUCAUGCCAGUGUUUACGGAUCAGUUUAGAAAUGGGAAGAAUGUCGAACGUCGUGGAGCUGGAAAGAUGGUUCUACGGCAAACAGUUGCUAAUGAAACUUUCUAUGAAACCAUGAACGAAGUUCUCACAGAUGAGAGAUACACAAAAGGUGCUAAACGGACGUCACAACUAAUGAAAAAUCGGCCGUUCACUCCAGAAGAAAGAGUCUCUAAAUGGGUUGAUUUUAUAAUGACCCAUGAUACAUCAGAGCAGUUUCAUUUGGAGAGCAAUAGUUUCACAUUCAUCGAGCAUAAUCAGCUAGAUAUUUUCUUUGUUUUUAUCCUCCUUCCUUUAAUCACUUUUUUUGUUUACAGACGGUUUCUCAAAAGAAAGGUAAAUUGA